AUGGCUUUGAUCUCUGAAACUUCCGACGACGGCUCUAAUGGCGGAGAUCCAUCAAAGAACCCGCAAGAAGAAGAAGAAGAAGCGAAUCAAGACAAAGAACCGAAAGAAGAAGAAGACGAUCAAGAAGUAAAUCAGAAUCUUGCUCCGAUUCGUCGAGGAGACAUCCCAGUGAUACUCAUCGAAAGUACCGUCGCACUCGUAAGAAGAUGUCAUUACCCGAGGCUAUCUCUACUCUCCAGAGCCUUCCGUAACGUAAUCUCUUCGGAUCAACUCCUCGUAACGCGCUCGCUCCUCGGCUUAACUGAACCGGUUCUUUAUACCUUGAUCUCGCUCCCAUCUUUUGCACCCCCAAGCUGGUACAUUCUCCAUCGAAGCAACAGCUCUUUACGGUUGAGCAGAAUCAAUUCACUUCCUCCGAUGUAUCCUGGAUGCACUGCCGUCACAAUCGGACACAAGAUUUACGUUAUGGGUGGACGCAACGGCUUAAACCAACGCGUAAAGGCUGUGAUUGUCAUAGACUGUAGAUUGCAUACGUGGAAACAUAUCCAGAAAAUGAAAAGGGAACGUUGCUACGCAGCCUCCGGAGUCAUUGACGGAAAGAUUUACGUGGUUGGAGGUCGCGAGAGACGAUAUAAUGAUUGGGUUGAAAUGUUCGACGUAGAGAAAGGGAUUUGGGAAACUGUGCCUGGUCCAUUCUCUCCCGUUGCUAGUUCUAGCGGAUAUUUUCCUAUACAUGUGGUUUUGAUCCAAAAGAUAUGGUUUGGAGACCUGUCAAGGGUUUAG